CGGAAUUGCGUGAUUCUACCCUGCUUAAAAUCCUUUCGCGUGGAAGCUCGAGUCCUUCGCUCGUUGCGAAAAGAUUUUUUAGGUAAUUUUCUUUUGAAGCUCUCGUUCGAUCUGUGAAGAUGGGACUGCAACGUAUGAACUGAGAUUUGCGGAUUUUUUUUUUUUAAUUUCAAUUUGUAAUCUGUGGAUCUGUCUUUAUUGGAAUAUUAUCACGGCACAUGUAGUUGUAGCCUCCUUUGAAUUAUAUUAUGUGUUCGCUGAGGAGAUUGUAUUAGCCUUCAAUUGUUUUAUUUUGAUGUAUAUUUGUUUGAUGUUGACUUUCUAGUCUGAAUCUGAAUUGAGAUUCUUUUACCGCUUGCCUUUACGUCUGUUUCUCUUCGUUGUUUGCCUUGAUUUUCUCUUUGUUUUUGGAAUUUGUUUUCUGUCUAUUGGUAAAGAGCUUGUUUUGUUGAUGGUUUGCUCUUUGAAUAAUUUUUUCAUCACUCUAUCUAAUAAUUAUUCUGCCCUGAAUGUGUUAAUUGCUUAGCCUUAACUUUUGGCUUUGUGAGUUCAUUUAAUUCAGAGCACAACAAGAACUAGAUUAACCAUCUAUUUGUAGAAAGGGCAUAAUGAGUUAAAUGGUAGGAGGAGGGGGUUUAAUGGAUGGCUGUUUUUGUUUAUUUAUUAGUGUUACUAAACAUCCAUAUAUAUGUGAUUUUGCUCACAAACAUUUGUUUGGCUCUUAAUCUGUCCAAGAGAUAUGAAUACAGUAUGAUAGCCUCUUCUGGCAUUUGCAGGUUUUGUUAGCUGAGAUUUGAUUGUGGACUCGAUGGCCUCAUUGGAUAUGUCACUUGACGACAUGAUAAAAAGCAGGCGUAACAGUGAGAGAGGAGGCAGAGGACAGGGGAGGGCUCGCCGUGGCAGAGGUGGGCCAGGUGGCUCAUUUAGAGGUGGAAGGUCAACAGGAGCUCCUCGGCGGGGCCCGCUUGGUGUGAAUGCUCGGCCUUCAGCCUUUACUAUUGCCAAGUCUUUCCGCAGAACCAAGAACCUGCCAUGGCAGAAUGGUUUGUUUGAAGAUAGUCUCAAAGCUGCUGGAUUACCAGGAUUAGAUAGUGGGACAAAGUUGUUUGUUUCUAACUUGGACAGUGGAGUGACCAGUGAAGAUAUAAGGGAACUCUUCUCUGAAAUUGGUGAACUGGUACGAUAUGCAAUCCACUAUGACAGAAAUGGCCGUCCAAGUGGCUCAGCCGAAGUAUUGUUUGCUCGAAGAAGUGAUGCAGUCCAGGCGCUUAAGAAAUAUAACAAUGUGCAAUUGGAUGGGAAGCCAAUGAAGAUAGAAAUAGUUGGCACCAAACCUGAGAUUCCUGUUUCAGCUCGAGUCAAUGUGGUUGGUGGAAAUGGAAGGCGGAGGACAGUUGUCAUGACGCCAGGAUCCGGACGACCUAGAGGCCCCCCUGUGAAUCGUGGAGGAGGUGGCAUGGGGCCAAGAGGUCGUGGCAGUUUCAGGGGCCGUGCAGCAACUAGUGGACGUGGCCGAGGACGAGGUGGAGGUGCUGGCCGGGGAAAAAAGAAAGUUGUGAAAUCUGCUGACGAUCUUGACAAAGAGCUUGAUGCCUAUCAUGCUGGAGCAAUGCAAUCUUGA